AUGGAGCUUCUUCUUGCGGCCGUCCAUCGGGUUGCUUUCUGGAUUCUACUCGCUUUUUUCGCUAGCGCCGUCAUCAGGCUUAUGUUUGAGCUUUACAAAGUUUCUUUGUUUAUUUUUCUUUGGCAGAUUGAUGUUGGACAUAAAUAAACGUGUUUAUAAUCACACACCUGGACCUUGUCGGAUUGUUUUCGACGAAGGUGACCUCAUUUAAAAAAAAUGUUAUAUUUAAAGAUAUUUAGAUGGCAAAGAUGUUGAUGGAUCAGCAGGUAUCCAUUUUGUUCGUGGGCGAAAUCUAGCUCUAAUCACUUACGGCUACGCCAACGGUUUCAGUUUGAAGUUAAUUCUAACGAACUGAACUUAUUGCAGCUUUUGAGAACGGGAGUGUUCCAAGUGGAUUGGCCAGUUUUGAAUUCAAGAAAGGCGAAGAGCAAACGCAUCACCGACUCAAAAAACUGGACAUAAGUUGGAAUGAGCACGUUCCAGUGAGUCUUUUCUUAUGAAUUAUAAACGAAAAUUUUUGUAUUUAGAAGCAUUUCGCACCGUUAGGACUUACCGCUUUCGAAAACAACGGCAGGGUUCUCACUUACGUCGUCAAUUCUCAUCCAAAAGCUCAAUGCGUCCACUUUUUCACACUUGUGAAGUCUUCACUACAGCACAGAAAAGCAUUGUGCGACUCCCGCUUCACCAGGUUAUUCUUGUUCACUAUUUGAUUGAUUGAAUCAUUUACUCGUAGCUUCCUAUGAAAAGACCGAUUUUUUUUUUUUGAAGAUUGAUUGAAUGUUUAUUUUUAGUUUGCGCGACAUCGCGGCUGUGGACGCGGACCGAUUCUUCGUUACCAACUUGGGAUAUUUUUCUCAAGGCCAUUUACAAACAGUCGAGUUAGCUCUGCAGGUAUGAUUUCUUCAAAUUUAUAGCUUGACGCUGUUGGAAUAAUGGGAUGAAUUGAUUUUGGGUUUAAGCUGAUACUAAACAUAAGUUCAAAACCGUAGAGGUCUAUUGAAAAGUAGAAAAUCUAAAAAUGAGCGGCAAAUAGAAAAUUCACUGAUAAAAACAAUAUUUUUACGCUACUGGAAACAACCUUUUUUUUCAAGUUCCUAGAAAAUUUAAAACCACGCGAUCGUGAAAAAAUAGUCCGCUGAAAAACUCAGAGAAAUUCCCACAGAUCUAGCAAGUGCUUUUUGCAGAGCAGUCUCGGUUUAAUAUACUUCUACGACGGCCGCAACUUUUCUGUGGCUGUCUCCAAUUUUCCGACGCCCUCUGCUUUAGCAAUUGACGAAAAGAAACGCUUGCUCUAUGUUUCAUCCUUAUUAAAUGAGGUUUUGUUUCCCUAAGUUCUAAUUUUGGCACGAAACUGCUGGCUUUGCAGUUUGUCCGAGUCUACGAGAUUGGGCGCGACAAUACUUUGAAGCAAAAAGUGGACAUUUCGCUUCUGGCCUCGCCCGUGGGCCUUCAUGUCGACUACGCCACUGGUGUGCUCGUAAUUUUUCGAAAAAUGAGUUCGAAUUUAGGAGAUUUGUGGGCGGCGUGUCAUCCAGUUCUGCUACAGGCCUUCAUUCAUCAGAUGAAUCCCUCAGACAAAGCGAUGAAAAGUCCAAGUCAGGUUUUGCGAGUCAGAAUACAGGUUUCUUUUCUUUUUUAAAUAGUUCUUAGAGUAGAAACUUCAGGAAGAUGGCAUCUCUUGGGUCGUCACGGAGCCCUACGCCAACGACGGAGCAACCAUCUCUGGGAGCAACGCUGUGGUUUUAGUGUAUUUCUCUGAAAUCAGCCCAAAGUUUAUUUCAGACUUUCGCCGCGGACCAAAUGCUCGUUGGAAGUCUCUUUGAAAGGCUUCUCCAUUGCGACAUUCUCAAUCCACAAAUAACUUGA